GGGCGCUAUAAAUAGCCCCCCCGCAGCCCGGCCGCCGGGCGUCCGCGGGGAGGCCGGCGCGCCCCGCGCACUGAGUCUCGGCCGCCGCGCCCCGGCCCUGCCCGGCCCCGCGCGAAUGGAGGCAGCGGCAGGACGCUUGCCCGCCGCCGACGCUGCCUGCCUCUGACCAGCCUGGCAUUUAUGGAGAGGCCCUCGGGGGGCAGCCCUGAGUACUGCCGCGCCCAGCAUCUGCAUCGCGCCCGCUGCUGAGGCCCCCGCGCCUCCGGCCUCACCAUUGCCCUCGCCCGCUCAUGGCCCCUGCCGCCUGGCCCGGGGCUGGCUCUGCGGCCUGAGCCCCCCGCCCCGUUCCAGGACUUGCCGUACCCCAAUGGGGUAACGUGACGGAGGCCCCGCGUCACUGCUGCCCGCUGUCCGCCUGCGGCCGCUGCCUACCAUCCCCACCCCACGGCGGCCCCAUUGGUUCAGUUUCAAGUUCGUUCUGCCUUUAAUCCUUGGGGUCUGGGGCCUUGGAGCAGAGUGGCCCUCUAGCCAUCCACCGAUGCCGAGGGGGGUGUCCCCGGCGACAGGUGCAACGCUGGCCACGGCUUCAGCAGCCGGAUUCACUUUGGGCUUUUUAAAGUUUUUUUUGCUGAGUUUUUUGGUGGUUGUUAUUUCUGCUUUUGCCCCCUAGUAAUCCUCCAGCCCUGAGAGGCAGGAGCUUGGACUCGGCCCGUUUUACUUCUGGGGGCUCUUUUGUUCUUUCUGUGUUGUAAAGUGUUGGGUUUUCUUUUUUUAAUCAUCCACCCGUGAUCUGGGCAGCAUCCUCCCCCCACCCAAGUAUUUGCACAAUAUUUGUGCGGGGUCUGGGGGGGCAGGUUUUUUUUUUUUUAAGCAUUUUCUCUCUCUUGGACAAGCACAGGGAUCUCGUGCCCCUCGGUUCUGGGGGGUGGUGGGCCCUUCUUGCGUUCACAUCCCCAGCCCCGUCUGUGGGCAGCAGCCAUGGCACGGAUGAAUCGGCCGGCCCCCGUGGAGGUCAGCUACAAGAACAUGCGCUUCCUCAUCACGCACAACCCCACCAACGCCACCCUCAGCAGCUUCAUUGAGGACCUGAAGAAGUACGGGGCCACCACCGUGGUGCGCGUGUGUGAGGUGACCUACGACAAGGCCCCGCUGGAGAAGGACGGCAUCACGGUUGUGGACUGGCCGUUUGAUGACGGGGCGCCCCCGCCGGGCAAAGUGGUGGAGGACUGGCUGAGCCUGCUGAAGAACCAGUUCUGUGAUGACCCCGGCAGCUGCGUGGCUGUGCACUGUGUGGCUGGCCUGGGGCGGGCUCCCGUCCUCGUGGCGCUGGCCCUCAUCGAGAGCGGGAUGAAGUAUGAGGACGCCAUCCAGUUCAUCCGACAGAAGCGGCGCGGAGCCAUCAACAGCAAACAGCUCACCUACUUGGAAAAAUACCGGCCGAAGCAGAGACUGCGGUUCAAGGACCCCCACGCGCACAAGACCAAGUGCUGCAUCAUGUAGCUCAGGCCCUGGGCGCCCGGCGCGGGCUCAGCAGGGCUCCCGCCACAGGCCGCCCUCUGCCCUUUGCUCCCAGCCCCCCGGCACACCCGCCCCCCACACCCCUCGCGGGUGUUUUCUGUCUCUGCUCCCUCCCUCUGUCCACCCAGCAGGUGUGUGUGUGUGUGUGUGUGUGCAUGCACACGUGUGCAUGUGCGUGCACCGCUGUCUGGUCCAGCCUUCCUUUUGUCUUGGCCCGCGUGUCUGUCUCUCUGUGCCCUCAAGCCCUCACUGUCCCUCUGAGGCUUAAUCCCCCCAAUCUCCCCGCCCUAUGUCCCUGGCUGUCCUGUUAAUGCCCUGCCCACACCGCCUCCAGGCAGCUCUCCUUCCUGGCCGGUUUGUUUGGGGGCUGGUGUAUUUUUUAACCACUGGGCCCAGCCCCUUAUCUGCGGCCCCUCACCCUGACCUGUUCUUGGCACCUUAAAUUAUUGGGUCUGGGGCAGUCAGGUGUUUUGGACACUCGAAGGCAAUAAAACCAGACCCUGUG